AAAAAACUUUCUGAUUACAAUUUUGUUGCAAAACAUCUGCUGUACAAUACUUGUAUGAAGCUGUUGUCGGCACCAUAAUAGCUAUUUUUGAAUGAAACAAUUUGUUAACAGAAAAGAAUAGUAGUAGUACCAGUACAUAAUCUAACAAGUAGAACAAUGAAAUCACCACAAUGAGUUGUCAUGACCGAUGGCGCUCAAAAGCAGAUAUCCUGGAAGAUUUAGCAGAGGUGACCGGACAGUAUACAGAUGUCGAGGAAAAGUAUGUUGUAGUGGGAGAGGGUCCUCCACCUGUACGAAGGAUGGAAGACGACGAAGAAUUCAAUUUGAGGUUUUCUGCCGCGGAUGACCCAAACGUGAUACAUUUCGAGAACAACGGGCCAGACCUCAAGGGGAUCACUCAAAUGUUGAGGAUGGUAGAUGAAUUCGACCGGCCCUCGGAUACCGUCACAUGCGUGCCAAAUAUUCAAUCUGAUUUUACACUAACUAUAAGUAAACUCGACCCGAACGUUCCAGAGUUCGUGCCUAAAUGUGCUAAUAAUUCUAGUCCUAGUAUUAAUGUUAAUGUAAGUGAUAAACAAUGUAAAAAUGAAAACAACAAUAAUAAUAGUUCUAAAAAUAGAACACAUAAUGGAAAAUCUGAUAUAAAUGAUUCCAGUAAUGAUGGAAUAGACAAGAGAAAUCCCUCAAAGGAAGAAAUCGAAGUGAUAUCAACGCAACUAAGAAAGAAAAUAAUUGACGUGUCAGCCAAAGAAGACCUUCACGCCAAAAAAGAAAAAAAUGUUGCAAUCGCUGCUCUUUUGAAGCUGUAUACAACUCCGCGCUCGGAAGAAGAAAAACCAAUUAAAUUAAUGACUCCAUCUUAUUUCGUAUCGGCUCCGGCAGCAGCAGUACCCGUUGACGAUUCUGAAUCUACCAGCAAUGCGGACGCAUCACCAGCAGAAUUAGAAUCGUCAACACUAGAGAGCUCUAGCCGAUCUGGGAGAACUUCUCCGAAGUCGGAAAGUGACCCUCCUCACGUGAUGGAUCCCAAUAUACAAAAGUCAAUUAAUAAAGUCAAUGAUUGGCUGCACAAGCCAGAGUCGCCCAAACCCAAAGGGCCUACCCUUAGCUUGGGGCCGAUAUAUUUCAAGAAGAAGAAUAGUGGGAAGUCGAGUGACGACAGCAGGAGCAGUUCCAGUUCAACGGUUAACUUGACGCCAUCGCUCGACAUUUCUUUUAAACCUUCAAAGCUAGCGGAGGAUUUAACUAAAGAAUAUAAUCAACGAGCAAAAGCUAGUGAAAAACGUGAAGCAACCUCACGAGAUGAUAAUAUAUGGGAUGUUGCCAUGAGAAAAAUGAAGGAAAAAGAAAGGAAACAGAUAGAACAAUCUUGUCUUUCUGUCAAACUUCCAGACGAUGGCACUUCAAGCUAAACGCUGGUUGGUUAUAUUAAGAGGCGACUCUGCAAUAAAAAAUAAUGUAAUAUGACGUAGUCCACUUAGAACACCCGCCUAAAUAGCACCUGGCCAGUAGGCCUAAGAUGCGCGCCGCGAUAAGCGGUUAUCACGCCAUUUUAUCGAUUUUGCCCAUACAUUUUGACGUCGAUAAAAGUUAUCACGGCGCGCAUCUUAGGCCUACUGGUAGAGCUUCUAUCGAUAACGCUAUUCGUAGAUUCAAUUUUACUAUUUAAUUUUAGUGCUUUAUGUGGACUAGGCCAGGUGCUAUUCGUGCAGGUGCUAUUUGCUCUAAGUCAGUGGUUCUUAACCUUUAAGUCA